AUGAAUCUCUCUCUCACCCACCACCUUUUCUCCACCUCACCGCCGCCGCCGCCGCCGUCAUCCAAAUCUCCGUUCUUCAAAACCAAAUCCAACACAAGAACUCAGCCGCCACCUUCAUCAAGAAGCUGUAAAAUCACAUGCAAAAUUCUAAUCAACCCAUCCGAAAAAAGCUUCCCUAGAAAAAAUAACAAACCACCUCCACCACCGCCGCCGCCAUUUCCUCAGCCACCGGAACCACCAACCAUCUUCUCCCCGACCACCAUACCCCCGCCGCACCACAACCCAUUCCAGAAACUCGCCGCCGCCGCCCUCGACAUGGUGGAGAAAUCAAUCGUGACAAAUAUGGAAAAAAACCACAAGCUGAAUCGGAUGGUGGACCCCACGGUCCAACUUGAAGGCAACUAUGCACCGGUUCAAGAAUGCCCGGUCCAUCAAGAUCUCGAAGUAGUGGGGACCAUCCCUACAAGCGUACGUGGGGCCUACCUUAGAAACGGCGGCAACCCGUUAUUCGAGCCAAUCAGCGGCCACCAUUUCUUCGACGGCGACGGCAUGAUCCAUGCCGUCACCCUGGCGGCCCCCGAAAAUCGAGCAAGCUACGCCUGCCGCUUCACCAGAACCAACCGUCUGCUCGGGGAAGCCGCACUCAGAAAGCCAGUCUUCCCCAAGCAGAUCGGCGAGCUGCAUGGCCACUCCGGCUUGGCUCGGCUCGCCCUAUUCGCGGCUCGAGCCUUAGCCGGACUGGUCAAUGCAGCAGACGGCUUUGGUCUGGCUAACGUCAACGUAGUCUACUUCAACGGUCGGAUCCUCGCCAUGUCGGAGGAUGAUCUCCCCUACACCGUCAGAUUAACGGAAGCCGGAGAUCUCGAGACAAUCGGGCAGUACGAUUUCGACGGGCAAGUCAAGGGCUCGAUGAUAGCCCACCCUAAGGUGGACCCCGCCACGGGGGAUCUCUACACCCUCAGCUACAACAUACUCUCGAAACCCUACCUCAAAUUCCUCAAAUUCGAUAAAUGGGGGAAUAAGUCACGUGAGUUGACCAUCUCAAUCGAACAGCCGACCAUGAUCCACGACUUCACCAUGACGGAAUCUCACGUGGUGAUCCCGGAUCACCAGAUGGUAUUCAAGUUAUCCGAGAUGAUGCGGGGCGGGUCGCCCGUGAUCCACGACCCGAAUAAGAUGACCCGAUUCGGUGUUUUGCCGAAGAAUGCGGUUGACGAAUCGGAGAUCCGAUGGAUAGAUGUUCCGGAGUGUUUUUGUUUCCAUAUGUGGAAUGCGUGGGAGGAGCGCGACGAAAACGGCGACAAAAUUAUCGUCGUCAUUAACUCUUGCAUGACGCCGGCGGAUUCGAUUUUUUCGGGUAGCGACGAUUUGAAAAGCGAGUUAUCCGAGAUCCGGUUGAAUUUGAAAACGGGCGGGUCGACCCGGAGGGUCGUCGUGUCGGGUAUGAACCUAGAAGCGGGACAAAUAAACAAGCAACAACUAGGCAAGAAAACUAGGUACGUGUACUUGGCUAUAGCGGAUCCAUGGCCGAAAUGUAGUGGAAUCGCUAGGGUCGAUUUGGAAACGGGAGAAGUGACUAAGUACUUGUACGGGCCCCACAGGUUCGGUGGCGAGCCAUGUUUCGUCCCGGUAACUGCAGAGGAGGAAGACGAAGAAGAAGGGUAUCUCAUGAGUUUUGUGAGGGACGAAGAAAACGAAAAAUCGGAAUUUGUGAUAUUGAAAGCUUCGACAAUGGAACAAGUUGCUCUAGUUAAGUUGCCUAAGAGGGUGCCCUAUGGAUUUCAUGGCACAUUUGUUAGUGCUCAAGAGAUUCAAAGGCAGUGCUUUUAAUAUAUGUAACAAUAUAACAAUAUGGCCAAUGAAUUAAUAUA